AUUUUUUCGUAUUGGCGACACUGGUGUUAAGAUUUUAAUGAUUGAUUUGUAAUAAUUGCAGUUUGUCAUCUUGAUUGAUCUUUAAUUAAAUUACAGUACAUACAUUAAUAACGGAGUAAAAUAAUAAAAAUUACACAAAUGGCCUCGGCUGCAAUGUCACCAAAUGACGAUGACGAACUUACUCUUCCUCGUGCAUCAAUUAACAAAAUAAUCAAGGAAAUAUUACCUCAUGUGCGAGUGGCAAAUGAAUCUAGAGAACUUAUUUUAAACUGUUGUACAGAAUUCAUUCAUUUGUUGUCUUCUGAAGCAAAUGAAAUUUGUAAUCAACAACAAAAAAAAACUAUAAAUGCGGAACAUGUUUUACAAGCACUUGAUAAAUUGGGCUUUGGUGAUUACAACGCAGAAGCAGAGGCUGUAUUACGGGAUUGCAAAGCUGUAGCGGCUAAAAGAAGACGUCAAAGUACCAGAUUAGAAAAUUUGGGAAUUCCAGAAGAAGAAUUAUUACGUCAACAACAGGAGUUAUUUGCUAAAGCAAGAGAGGAACAAGCAGUUGCAGAACAGCAACAGUGGCAACAAUUACAAGCUGUUACACAAAUGGCAUCCAUGCAACAAGGUGACAGCGAACAAGAAGAUUAUUCAUAAAGAAAUUCAAAUGAUGAAGUUCGUUUGUAAAAUCAAUUUUUUUUUUAUGUAAGAAAGAUAUUUAUAAUAUUUAACAUAAAAUAGGAGCAAGGAAGCGGAAAGAGGAAGAGAGGAAAGAUUAAUAGAAAUGGAAACAAUAGCGUUGAACAAAAUGAAAAAUAUUGAAUGCAAAUUCUAUUAUUUUUGAAAACUGUUUUUAAUAAUUUAAUUCUACAGCAUAUUUUACAAUAGUGUAUACUAAAUAAACUUUACAUUUCUUAAUUUAAAAUUAUAAUAUGUAAAAAUGAUACAUAAUAAAGGUGGAUUAAUUAUAUAUCUUUCAUCUCUCUUUUUAUGUCCUUCUUUCAUAUAAAUUUUUAGAUUUAAGGCAUUAAUCUUCCAUAUUCAGAAGACAGAUGACUUUUCUUUAUAACUUCUAUGACUUUUGAAACGUAAUGAUACCUAUCGAUAAUGUUCGCAUUAUUUUAUUACACUUAUAAAAUAGACAGAUUUCUUGUAUUCUUUUUUUUGGAAUAAAAUUGUAUAUUCUUGUCA